CAAUGUCUCGUAUUGCCGCGAAAGAAGCAAACCGAAAAGUCGCAUUUGGAUCAUAGAUUACAGCUGUCAUGGCGGCGCAGUACACAUGUUUGUCGUGCCAGGUGAUUUUCGCCAAUGCGCAGCUUCAGAGGAGCCACUACAAAUGCGACUGGCACCGGUAUAACCUGAAAAGGAAAGUAGCCGCCCUUCCUCCGGUGACGGCCGAAGAGUUCCAGCGGCGGGUCCUCGCGCUAUCCGCCAGCGAAACGACCCCGGAUUGCAGCUACUGCCAGGAGUGCGGCAAGCAGUUCGCCACCCGAAAGUCCUACGAGAACCACGCCAAGUCCAAGAAGCACCAGGAAGCGGUGCUCAAGUUCCACGCGCGUGAACACGGCCCCGAAGCGGUCAAGAGUCCUCCACUUUCGACAGACGGCAAGAUCAACGGUGACGAAGGCAGCGAUGACGACGGUGACGACAGCGACUGGGAAAGCGUGGACGAGGAGCAAGACCGUAUCCCGCCGAACUGCUGCCUCUUCUGCGACCAUCAAAGCACGAAUUGCGAGAGCAACGUAGAACACAUGACAACCGCUCACUCGUUCUUCAUCCCGGACGCCGAGUACCUAGUGGAUCUGGAAGGUCUGCUCACGUACUUGGGCUACAAGGUCGGCGUGGGCAAAGCCUGCCUUUGGUGCCGUCACCAGCGCAGCUACGGCACUCUCCGCGCCGUACAGCAGCACAUGGCCGACCGGGGACACUGCAAGAUGGACCAGGAUGGCAUCGACGGCCUCAUGGAGUACGCUGACUUCUACGACUACUCGCCCAGCUACCCGGACCCUUCAACGGACCCCGACGAAGAAGUGGACGUGCCAGUGCUGGAAGGUGACGGUUGGCAGCUGGUCUUGCCUUCGGGCGCCGUAGUGGGACAUCGUUCGCUGGCCAGGUACUACAGGCAGAAUCUUCCUGCUGAGGCAGCCUCCAGGAACAGAGAUUCUGCCAAAAAGCUGUUGUCGCACUACCGGGCCCUGGGAUGGACAGGGUGCACAUCGAGGGAAGAUGCAAGCCGCAAGGCCAAGGACAUACGCUACAUGCGUGCCCUCCAGGCCAAGCAAGCCGUCCAGCUGUCGGUCAAAGCCAACAAGUUCCAGAAGCACUUCAGGCAGCAAGUGAUGUUCUAGGAGCCCUACCUCCGCCGGAACAAGAGACACUAUAGCCAAGAGGGGUCCAUAUGGGGCUGGGAUGCCCGUUGUGUGCUACAUUUAAAUAAAACAAAUUCUUAUUGGUUGUGUUGA